GCAUCCACGCGCUCCUGCACCAAAGACACAGUUGUCCCCGCUGAUCUUGUGCUUCCGCUGGCCGAGAGUGUCACUCAGGCGGUAGAUGCCGAACAGCCUCAAAGUGAGGAGGAGGCCGGGGACCCGCUUCCGAACCCCAGCGUCGAGCCGCAAAGGCCUUGGCCGCUGCGCACGGUGCGGAAGGCCGUGGCGCCACUGCGCUCAGCACCUGCCAAGGCAAAGCUUGUCCGACUUCAGAUCCGUUUCAUGCCUUCGGCUGCCUCAUCCGUGAGCGGCCGCCCUGUACAUAAAACUGAGGUGUCUGUGCACACAGCGGCUGCGCCCACCGAGGUGCUUCGUGUCCUCCUCAGCCAGGGUCUCGCCUGGCCAGCGUCCCUUGCACCUGCGGGUGAGGAUCACGGCCUUCCGGGCCAUCUUCUCCUCCAUGGCAAACUCCUGGAUGACAGUCGUCCGCUGGUGGAGCAGGGCGUGCAGGACGGAUGCGAGCUCCGACUUGUCAAGGGUCCAAAGGUACAUGCUCCUGUUCGCUGCCCUAGGGGUCUGUUAAUGAGGGCAAACCCUUGGGAGCCAGGAAA